AUGCCUCAAACGCCCAAGGAAACAGAAGAUAUUCGUCUAAUGUUCAACUUAUCCGAAAGGCGCGAACAACUGAAGGCACAACUUUUAAAAGGUGGAAAAACACAACACUUCAAUCGAGAUGAUCAACUUCAACAAAAUCAUCCACCUCCACAAAGAACAAAACCAUCGCUCCGAAAACAAAAACAUCGUUUCCAAACCGGGACAUCAUCAAACUUCGACUCCUAUACGAACAUAAGCAAUUACGUGCCACCCAAUCAAAAAGCGCCACCGCUUCAAAAUUACCGUCCUCAGGUUCGUCGUCGUCGUCUACCCACACCGCCUAGAGUUUCAUCACGUGCACCCUCGCGAAAUCAACAAAGUAUCCCACCAGCAAUCAAACGUCGGACAACCACCUUAAACGCAUGUCAACUACAUAAUAUCCCAGCACUCAUGACUUUAAAUCUAACACACCUCACUCCCUCACACACCUGUCAUGAGCAUACAAAGGAUCAACGUGCACAUCUGCCAUUACCAACGUCGAUCAAUCGAUUUGACAACUUAUCGGACAACGACACAGGGCAUACCGAGCCACAAUCAACAGCAGAUGAACAAAUGAACGCAGGAUCAUCUAAUUAUCAACAUCAUCGUCCUCGUCAAUCAUCAAAAAACCAAAACGCAGGUACUCAGGUCCAUAUAAAAUCAAUCUCCGGACAUACAACUCAAAAAUAUCUCCGAGAGAUUGAGAAAGGACAAUACAAUUAUUUACUCCGUGAUGCCUCAAGUCUUACAUUUGUACUGGGUACAAAUGAUAUCGCUUGGGCAGAUGCGGAAACCGUAAUUGACCGAAUUAAACAGCUCCUUCAAAAAACGAAAGAACUCUAUCCCAACAUAAAGCAUCUUUCGUUCGUAAAAAUACAAUUUCGAACGAAAACCACUUCGUUUCACAAUCAUUCAGUGGCACAAAUGAGUGAAGAAAUUGUCCUUUUAAAUCAUGCAAUCUGUUCAUUCACGUGUCCAAGCAGAAAGAGGCAAGCAAUAGAUCCCAAACGGAAUAUGCUCGUCCAUUUCACAUACGUUCCCUCUAUCUCUCAUUUUGUUUCGAAAUUUCACCAAAUGUGGCAAGAGGCUUUCGAGGAUACACCACUUAACGGUGUCCUCCCCAUUUUUGCCAAUCGCUUGUCGGAAAAUUUGACUCAAAUGUUAAUCCGGAAGAAACCACCAAAAUCAAUUUUACGACCCUCACUUCAAACCCCGCAUCAAAUCAUCUAAAAACUAAAUUUCAAAAACAACUUUUCCGGAUUAACAUUUGAAAAGACCACUUGCCGUACUUCUAUACCUCUAAAAGUAUACAAGUCGUUUUCUCCACUUCUCGUUCUCCAUUUUUUAUUUUUACUUUUUUCUGUUUUGAACAAUGUCACACUUACCUUCUCAUAUUUUAUGUUCCUCGCUCUACACUGUGUGACACUUAUAUACUCCUUCUUCUGCCACUGACAGUCAAUUCUAUACUAUAUAUUAGCAUUUUUUUUUUUUCUCUCACUCGAGAGUCUGUACUACUGUAUUCCAAGAAUUUUCGUUCAUAUUAACGUUUUUUCUCUUUUUUCUCUUCUUCUAGAACAAGCUGUUCUAAUGUAUAGAACAGCUUGUACAUGUAUAGAACAGCACAUCUUUUUCAGCAUCCACUCGACGUCAGUACUUAGCUUCUUGAAUUCUCGGAAACAUGGGCGGGAAGCGGUCACUGGUUUAUGAACUUUUCGCACAAAAACAGUUUGUCCAAAAGCAUAUUGCCGAAG